GGAAGUGAGAAGUGUAAACAAAGAGCAGUGGAAUAUAAUGAAUCUUUUAAACAGGAUGGAGACUCUCCUGUUCUCUGAUGAACAUGUGAAUGUGUUAAUAAAGGUUCAUGCAGGUGGGAGUCGUCUCAAGUCGUUCACCAUCAUCGUGGACGGGAGGAAAGUGUCGGGGCGUCCAAAGCUGGUCGUCUCCAGGGACCACCUGGAGGACUUGAUUGAAAUGGAGCUCUCCGUCCCCUGUAUAUCCAAAAUGCUCGGCAUAUCCAACCAGACGGUGCGUCGCAGGAUGCAGCAGUGGGGCCUCACGAUAAAGGAGAGCUGCAGCAAAAUCACCGAUGACGAGCUGGACAGUUUGGUCUCUGCGAUCAAGGCAGAUUCACCAAAUCUGGGACAAAAGAUGAUGAAGGAACGUCUGAAGGCUUUAGGUCACAGAGUUCAGAUGAGCCGAGUGUGUGAGUCGCUGCAUCGUGUUCGAAACCCGGGAACAUGUGAGAGACCAACGGAGCUCGGGUGUGAUCCAGCUCCACUCUCACUCGUUCACGUCAACACCAGCCACAAGUUGAAGAGGUAUGGAAUCAUAUUGUUCGGUGGAAUCGAUGGAUUUUCAAGAAAGAUCCUGUACCUACAAGCCGCCAAUAACAACAAGCCCUCGACGGCUCUGAAGGUUUUCCUGGAGGCUGUUGACAGACACGGUCUUCCAUCCAGAGUCCGAGGAGAAAAAAGUGUGGAAAAUACAGACAUCGCCAGACUCAUGUAUCAAGUCGCUGGUCGUGGCAGAGGAAGCUUCACGUCAGGGAGGAGAGAUCAAAACGAAAGGAUAGACGGCGUGUGGCGUGACGUGUGGAACGGCGUGUCCAGUAAUUAUUACGAUUUGCUCCACAGCCUCGAGGAGGACGACCUGCUCGACCCAGAGAACUCUACGCACCUUUUCUGUGCUCUGUUUGUCUUUUUGUCCCGAAUUCAGAAAGACCUGGACGCUUUCACCGAGGAAUGGAAUGAUCGUUUACUCCACACAGAAGAGAACCUCACCGACCAGCAGCUGCAGGAAGCAGGGGACAGUCCGAACUCUGUCACUGCUGCGGACGACGUCAAAGCGGCCCAUUUUCCAGAUGUGGAAUUUACAGAUAUGAACAAAACUGCAGAGUAUGUUCCUGAGGUGGAAUCUCCCCUCGACAUCGACGAACUAGAAAGACUUCAUCAAUUUUUCAAUCCCACUGCUCCUUCGCUGUGUUUCGGUGCAGACAUCUACUGUGCCGUCGUCCACUACGUGCACGCCGUCCUCGAAUCAGGACAGGAAGCAGAAGACUCAGACGUACCGACGGAUACUUAAAGUAGAAAAAAUCACCGCUUUAAAAAAACACUAACUGUCCUUUUAAAUGUCCAGAACUUGAAACUGGAGGUUUUUUGUUUGUGAC